AUGAAAUUGAUAUCAGAAUUCAAAUCGGAGCAGAUGGCAAGAAGAGGCAGUGUUAAAUACAAACGCAAUACCAGGUGCUGUGAUCAAUUGGAUGGCAAAGGCUUGGAUGACUCAGACGAAGAUUACGAGAUAGGUGAAGAUGAUGAGUUCAAUGAAUCAGAGGAUGAAUAUUGUUCUUCUCUUGCUGAGGAUGAAUCAGAAGAGGGUCUAGGCGAAUUCAAGGAGGAAGAAGAGGAUGAAUGGGUAGAAAAGAAGGUCAAGUUCAUUCAAAGACCUGGAGGUCAAAAGGGUUUUCAAGGGAAAAAGAAAAAUGGGAGUUUGAAGCGAAAAAGGAAAAAGGUGGUCGUAUAUAGUGAAGAAGAAGAGGAUGAUGAUUCAGAUAAUGAUUUUGCUAGCACAAAAGGAAGAAAGAAAAAGAGGGUGUCAUAUAAUGAAGAGGAAGAAGAAGAGGAUGUCAUUGAGGUUUCAUAUAGAGAAUCAUACAACGAUCAGAGGCCUGGAAAGAAAACUUUGGUUUCUUAUAAAGAAGAUAAUGAUGAUUUUGAUGAUGAGAUUUCCAGAAAGAAAACUAAGUUUUUAGAUAAAGAAGAAAAGGAAAAUGUCUCUUAUGAUGAUGAUGAUGAUGAUUUUCUACCAGAUGAGAUUGAUGGUAUAGAUGAUGAAGAAGAGUCACCUGUUACUACGAAGAAUAAGAUGGGGAGGGUGAGUAUGGAAGAGAGAGGCAUUGUCACAGGACGAAGGAAGAGUAGGAAUGCUAAAGUUAUGAAGAAGACCAAAAGAAAGAAAUCAAUAAAGAAACAAGGAUCAAGGAGAAACGUGAGAUCUGACUGUGGUAAUGAGUUUAGAGAUGAUAGCCCGACUCUGCAAAAACAGAAGUUCACUGAACGGGGAAGAUCUUGGAGGAAAUCAGCUUUGAAUUCCGAUUCUGAUUUUGUGAGUCCGGGAUCAUCUGAUCAUGAAUACACCAUUUCUGAGGAAGAGAGAGAACAGAUUAGAGAAGCUAGUGAAUUUUGCAGGAGUUUGAGGAGUUCAAAUUCGAAGAUGAUAGAACAGAACUUCAUUCUGCCUCCUCAACGGAAACGUGCAGUAAGGAAGGGGAAGGGGAAGGGGAAGGUAGAAGGUAUAGAAGUUGAAGUAGGGAAGCAGGUUUGUGGGAUUUGUCUGUCUGAAGAAGGGAAAAGAACAGUCAGGGGAACAUUGAACUGUUGCAGUCAUUACUUCUGUUUUGCUUGCAUCGUAGAGUGGGCAAAAGUGGAAUCCCGUUGCCCCCUCUGCAAGCAAAGGUUUUCUACUAUCAGUAGGACUGCACGAGCAGAUGCAGGGCUUGGUUUGAGGACUCAGGUGACUACAGUUCCAGAACGUGAUCAGGUUUAUCAACCAUCCGAGGAAGAGCGCAGGGGCUAUCUUGAUCCCUAUGAGAAUGUGCUAUGUAUCGAGUGUCAACAAGGUGGGGAUGAUGCACUUAUGCUACUUUGUGAUCUCUGCGAUUCACCAGCGCACACUUAUUGUGUUGGUCUUGGACGUGAAGUGCCUGAAGGUAAUUGGUAUUGUGAUGGAUGUAGGCCAACUGCUCUUGCUUCAUCUGGUGCACAAGGUUUGAAUCCUAACGUUGAUCGCGGAGCAAGUAACAACUUGUCUGUAGGAUCAUCCUAUGUUGCCAGUGCGCGGGAAACUUUUGACCUCAAUGAGUUGUAUGUACCUGAUACCCAAUUGACUCAAGGAACUGAGCAAUCUCUGUCUCCUAGACAUUCUGUUGGAAAUUUUCAAGCUGAUUCUCCAGCUUCGGGAGCUGGGGCAGCUACGGUAUUAGAAAGGCGCAGAAUACAACGUCAGAUAUACCAAUUUCUUAAUUACAGAAGUAGACAAUCUGACAGAACUGAUGGGAUGGCCACAGUUUCAGGGAAUGGUCCAUUUGGUACUCAAGUUGGUGGAGGUAGGGAAUUAGUACCUGGAUAUACAGUUACUCCCACGAGGAUUGCACCAAGAAAUAUAUAUCUUCAGGGAAGCUUACUGGACAAUACAACACUACCCUUGCAUCCUAGGGAGGUUUUUUCUCCAAGAUUCAGUAAUUUGAGGGGGCAAUCACUUCACGAUCAAGCUUCUACAUCUGCUGAUCAUUCAUUAGGCGUAAGGGCACAUAGUGAAUUUAUUGGAAUCAAUAGAAGGUUUGGAUUAGGACAGGGUCAUCAACAACUCCAUCCUUGCAGUGGCAGAUCAGACAUCAGUACUGACGUUAGUAUUCCAAACCGAUUAGAGAGGCAACAGCACCUUCAAGGACGUUGCAAGGAUCUCUACACACACCAUUUUAGCCAACACAAUCUGUAA